CAUUCACCAUUUUGAUUCUUUCAAAUUUGUCAUCCUGAAUUGGUCGUUGGUAUCUUCUACGAAGAAAGAGGAAAAAGCCUUAAAAGAAGGACUUGGCAUUUGGCAAACUUAAAUGGAACAAAGUUGAAGAAAACUAACGCUACUACCAACACCAACAACGGUUUCACCAAUUUCGUCCUCCAUUAACUUAAUAUAUGAAUUACUAACUUCUACUAAUUUUGAUUUUCAUUUCACUCUCAUAAUUGUAUAACACCCACAACCCUAGAUUCCCAAAUUCACCAUUUCUUCUCCUUUAAACUAGUAUCGGGACGGAAGGAAAUCCAGAGAAACAUCACAAUUCGUAAUACUUAGCAGCUACUUCUUGGCAAAUGGGUCAAGCUUUUCGCAAGUUGUUUGAUACUUUCUUUGGUAACACCGAAAUGAGGGUUGUGAUGCUUGGCCUGGAUGCAGCUGGCAAAACAACCAUAUUGUAUAAACUACAUAUUGGGGAAGUUCUAUCAACUGUUCCAACAAUUGGUUUCAAUGUUGAAAAGGUCCAGUACAAGAAUGUAAUGUUUACAGUAUGGGAUGUUGGUGGUCAAGAAAAACUUAGACCACUUUGGAGGCAUUAUUUCAACAAUACUGAUGGACUGAUCUAUGUUGUUGAUUCCUUGGACAGGGAAAGAAUUGGAAAAGCAAAGCAAGAGUUUCAGGCUAUCAUCAAUGAUCCAUUCAUGCGUAAUAGUGUUAUCUUGGUGUUUGCCAAUAAGCAAGACAUGAGAGGAGCCAUGUCACCAAUGGAAGUUUGUGAAGGACUGGGUCUCUUGGAUCUCAAAAAUAGAAAAUGGCACAUUCAAGGAACUUGUGCACUACGGGGAGAUGGUCUCUAUGAGGGUUUGGACUGGUUAGCUAACACUCUUAAGGAAGUACGAGCUGCAGGAUACUCGUCUGUGGGACCGUCAUCGAUCUGAUUUACCAGGUUGACUCGAGGUGAUGAUCUCUUCUAAAGGAAGUAGUGAAAGAGUUUACCAUUUACGUAUAGCAAAUGUAGGUAAUUCUGGAGUUUUGUGGUGAAACUAAUGGUGAUGCUUUCGGUUUUCAGCCUCCGAUCAUCUGAUAUUAAAUAUUCAGUAUAUGGUUUGUAAAAUCCUGAGGCUUUGUCAACUACUGUUUACAAACACGUAUAUUCUUCACUGCGCGUCUUUUGUUCAGGUGCCGUCUCGAAUGAAUGCGCAUCUGUUUGUAUCAUCCUUCAUGUCAGCAUGGUUGUACUUUCUCAAAACUUCUCCCCAAGUUUGCUACAUUUUUUCAUUUUGUUUGUUCUUUUGAAUUAUAUAUUCUUUAAAGAAAAUUGUUUUCAUUAAUGCUCAUUCACAUUUUUUAAGAUCAUUUACACAAUUUUUAUAUUU